AUGUAUGGGCAAACUCACCAAAGCCCGCAUGUGAUGAUGAACGGCGGUCAAACCCAUCAGCGAUUUACCAUGCAGAUGCCGAAGUUCCAGACGCAAUCUCACCCUCAUCACCAUGCUCCGCAACCAACUCACCAUCACACACAUCAAUCGCACACCCAGCACGGCCUGGGUCAUCAGCAACAUUUCCCCACUGGAGCCCUUGCCACCACGACGCCUCACUUUGCUGCCAAUCAUAUUCAAAAUGGCGCGUCCACCACGGCAGAUGAUGACAUUGACGAGUCCAUGAAUGAACAUUGGCAGGAGCAGCUUCAACUUGCCGCUGAGUCUCGACAGUCUACCUCACCUCACCAUUAUGCCCGCAUCAUGGCUCAGCAGUCCAAAGGCAUUCAGAUCAUGCCGAGCCAAAAUGACCCUUCCGAUCACAAACUUCUCGACGGCCGAAAUGGGACUGUUACUGUCAAACCGGCUUCCCGGCAAGGUUGGAACGCCCUGGAUUUCGGAGGUCAGGGUCUGCGCGUCAUGGCCAGCUCCUUGUUCAAUUACACUUUCCUCGAGAAGCUGUAUCUUAAUCACAACAAGCUGAAAGUGUUGCCUUCAGCGAUUGGACAGCUCCGCAAGCUGACCCAUCUCGACCUUUCAGGCAACGAGCUGAGUGAGCUUCCGGAAGAGAUUGGCAUGCUGACCAACCUCAAGAAACUGUACCUUUUCGAUAACAACAUUCGCACUCUGCCCUACGAAGUGGGGUACCUUUACCGUCUGGAGACGCUUGGUAUUGAAGGCUGUCCCCUUAAUGAUGUCCUCAAGUCUCAGAUCAUGAAGGAGGGCACCAAAGCACUGGUCAAAUAUCUCAAGGAAGAGAUGCCAGUUCACCUCCCGCCUCCCGACAGAGACUGGAUCAUUCUGGACGAGACCGCGAGCUCCAACAACAGCCCGGCCGAAAAGAUCACUGUCCUCUCAUACAAUACCCUAUGCGACUCCUCUGCCACGCAGUCACAUUACGGUUAUGCACCUUCUCGUGUCCUCUCAUGGGAAUUCCGUCGCGAGCUCAUCCUGAACGAAUUGCGAUCUCACAAUUCGGACAUUGUCUGCCUCCAGGAGGUGGACCAGGGAAGCUACAAUCACUUCUACCGUGAGCAGCUUGCUUACAGUGACUACAAGGGAGUGUAUUGGCCUCGUGGUCGAGCAAUGGGCAUGCAGGAGGAAGACGCCAAAUCUGUCGACGGAUGCGCUAUUUUCUACAAGGGCACCAAGUACAUCCUGCUCGACAAGCAGCUCAUCAACUUUGGUCAAACCGCGGUUCGUCGACCUGACGCAAAGGGUCAGGAUGAUAUUUACAAUCGUCUGUGGCAAAAGGAUCACAUAGCUGUGGUUGUGUUCCUGGAGAACCGGUUGACCGGCGCUCGAUUCAUGGUGGUGAAUGCUCAUCUCUAUUGGGAUCCCGCUUUCAAGGAUGUCAAGUUGAUUCAGACUGCCAUUCUUAUGGAAGAAAUCACGAAGCUGUCAGAUGGUUAUGCCAAAUGGCCUGCCUGUACUGACAAAACAGCUUUCCGCUUUUCUGAAGCUGAGAGCGGCCCCGAGAAUGCGCCCGUAGUUGAGCCAGCUCCGUCCAUGGAAUACGCGAGUGGAGACCAGAUUCCGUUGUUGAUGUGUGGUGACUUCAACUCCAAUCCUGGAUCUGCGGCUUACAACCUCAUUGCCAACGGACAUCUGCCUGAAUCGCAUCCUGACCUCGAGAAGCGACUUUAUGGUAACUUGAGCCGUAUUGGUAUGACUCACCCGUUCAAGCUGAAGUCUGCCUAUGGUUCAAUUGGGGAGCUCAGCUUCACCAACUACACGCCGGAUUUUAUCGAUAUCCUGGACUACGUGUGGUAUUCAUCUAACACACUGCAUGUAUCUGCACUGCUUGGUGAAGUUGACAAGGAGUAUCUUCGCCGUGUUCCUGGGUUCCCCAACUUCCAUUUCCCAAGUGACCACAUUGCAUUGUUGGCGGAGUUUACCGUCAAGGGAAAGAAGGGAAAGGUUGUGGAAGCGGAUUUCGGCCCUCAGCGGCACUGA